GUUGUGGCUGUAAGAACUCAGUCCCUUCCGUCUGAGCUACCACACGGAGUUUGGGAGUCAGUACGCGCGCACACAUCAGCAGCAGCAGCAACCAUGCCGAGUCGAUCCAGGCAGGAGUGGAUCCGGUUAUCCAUGCGCACCCCGGGCAUCCUGAUCUUCGGGAUGGUUCUGGCUCCCUGCGGCCUGAUCCUGAACCUGACAUCGACCGUGGCCCCAAACUGGAGGACCCUCACAGAAUUCCAGAACCGCCCGGCCGACGAGUUCCUCCAGCAAGGCAUCUGGGAGGUCUGCAGGGCCAGCUCAAUCAACACGAGAAUCGAUUGCAGCCUGCAGGACGCCACGUAUUUUCAACAACAGAUCAUCGAGGUCGCCCGGGGUUUGAUGGUGGCCUCCCUCAUCGUGACUCUGGUCGGGCUGGCGGUGGCCAUCCCGGGGGUCCGCUGCUGGAAAGACAGGCCCAACUGGAUCCUGGCCGGCCUGGGCGGACUGCUGAUAUUCCUCUCGGGAGUCAUGACCAUCAUACCCAUCGCCUGGUACACCCACAUAUUCAGGACCAUCCCGACGGUGUCUAUAAACACAGCUGCGCCUCCGAACCCAGCCGUGCAGGUUGGCUACUGCAUCAUCCUGGGCUACAUCGGCGGGAUCUUUGAAAUCCUGGGCGGCCUCGUCAUGUUCAUCGGGAUCUGCCGGUGCUGCGGGGGGAAGAACCGCGGGGAGACGCGCGUCGAGGAGGUGACGGGGACCCGGUUCAGGAAUCAGAAGCGGCCGACGAGACGAGUCGAAGUGCCGAGCCUGGACCGGGCCAGGAGCAGCGCCAGCAGCAGCAUCCCGUACUCGAAGGACUCCAUGGACGAGGACGUGUCCUUCCCCCGGGCCAAGAGCACGGCGGCCCGGACGGUCAACACCUCGAACGGCGGCAGACCCUACGACGUUGACCUGUGAGAAGGUGUCACACACGCGGGGUCCCCCACGCAGACACACGCGCGAAGGAAAAGACACGGCGAGUGGCAAAAGGCACCGAGAUGGAAAUAUUCCAGGAAGAAACAGUUACCAUCCAACCCACUUUAGGAAACUGCUAUGCGAUUCUGAAGCAUUGCAGUAAAGAAUAAAUAUGCUUGUAACUGAAACUAUAGUUCAUUUGUGACAAAAUAUUUUCUACAAAAUCAGAUUUCAGGUAUCAAACACCGUAAAUAUUGAAAUGAAACCUCACUGUUGAGUGAAGCAUAAUCCAUUUAAAGUCUGAGUGUUGCAGCGUGUCAUCACUUGAAUGUAAAUUAUGUGAGUGACAGCGAGUGCUGCAGUUUAGUACAGCUAAAGAUGAUAUGUAUUAUGGUCUGUAUUAAGUCUAAUUCUAACAUCAUUAUGAUACAGGAUAGAUGUAUGGUUCACGCAGUUGUGUUACAGAUGGGAUGAAUAUUAUAUUGUUAAAAAAGGGAGAGUAUUAUUUAAGGGGGAAAACAUGGAGGAAACCUCCAUUGUCUUUUGCAUUCUGCAAAUGAUGCAGAAUUCUAUCUGUACAUUUUUUCUCAAUUUUUAUGUAAAUCCUGUGUUCUUAUGCACUUUACAUUUAUAACCAACCUUGUAGGAAGUCAGGCCAACUUUUUAAUGAUCAAUAUUCUCGAACUAUAUGUAUAGUAUGUAUGUAUUAUACUGUUCAAUAAAUGUGCACUGUUUGCUAAUUACUCAGUUGUAUUCCUCAGUGCAAUAUAGAAAAACAAUCUUCAGAUCGUUAAAAUAUUUCAUGUGAAAAUGGCUGUGAUCACGAUGACAAUGUGGGGAAGUUAAAUGGAGUCUCAGCAGAAAGACUACAAAAGUGCCAGAACAAGAAUAAUAAAAUGUUGACAUUUUAA